AUGAACGGCGAACAUUCCCUGCCUGACGGGUCUCUUCCCAUAGAAAAUACCAACGAAGUUCCUCAACCAGCGGUCAAUGAUCCGAACGCUCCAAAUUUCAUCCCAUUUAUCCCUGCGGUUGGCAAUGGCUUCGUCCCAAUCCCAGACCCAAACUUCACCAACAUGACCCUCCCCCUCAAUGGUGUCCCGUCGCAAAUGGAUGCAAUGGCGCCCACACAAACCAUUUCCGCCGACGAGAUUGCUCUCUACGACAGACAGAUUCGAUUGUGGGGUAUGCAAGUCCAACAAAGACUACGUCAAGCGAACAUACUUCUUAUAGGCAUGAGAGGCCUCGGCAAUGAAAUUGCAAAGAACCUUGUCCUAGCAGGCAUCGGAACAUUGACUGUCUUGGAUCAUGAACUGGUCACCGGAGAAGACCUUGGGGUACAGUUCCUCGUCACCGAGGCUCAUAUUGGCCAAAAUCGGGCAGAGGCCGCUCUUCCAGAAUUGCAGAAGCUCAACCCCCGGGUCGAACUAUACACAGAUGCAGAUGAUAUUAAAGAGAAGUUGCCGGAGUAUUUCCAUUCCUUUGACAUCACAAUCGCGACUGGGUUGCCCGUGGACGUACUAUGCAACAUCAACAUGGCAUGCCGAGCCUAUGGUCGGAAAUUCUACGCCGCGGACACACAUGGCAUGUAUGGAUUCAUCUUUGCCGACCUCUGUCUUCAUGACUUUGUUGUUGAAAAGCCGCGCAGCAACAGACCUUCAAAGAUAGGCGACAUGGAGACACCCACACGAAGUGUGACUGCCGUCGACUCAAAAAGAGAGAAUCAGACCAUCACAGACAUCAUUGCGUACCAUGAGACUUACACGCCUCUGCGAUUGGCCAACCUAUCCCCUCUUCCCGCCAGGUCCAGAAACACUCGACGAAGCAAGAUGCGCGUGACACCUCUACUUUCAUGCUUACGAGCCCUAUUCGAUUUCCAGAGCCAGAGCGGAGGCCAUCUACCGGUGAUCCGGCGUCCAGCAGACUUGGCCAUGUUUACUCGACUUGCGAACCAGAAGCAUCUUGAACUUGAGUUACUCCCGGAGACUUUGAGAGCGGACUUCCUGCGCAGCUUCCUUCAAAACCUUGGAGCCGAAAUCAGCCCUGUGGUUGCGUAUCUGGGAGGGUAUUUGGCUCAGGAUGUCAUCAAUGUCCUUGGACAGAAAGAGGCUCCGCUUCAAAAUUUCCUACUUUUCGACGGCGAGGACUUUACUGCAACCCAAUACAGCUUGCAUCCUAUUAACGAUGACGCCAUGGCUAUGAUGAAUACGAAUGGACUUCCGAUGAUGCCUGGACCAGUGCCAGCGGAGGGACCAGUGACGGUCACUUGA